CAUGUACAGUCUGUCUAAAAGAGGCUCCGCUCAAUCCACUCGGUUUGUUUUUUAAUUUAAUUUAAUUACAUUAAUAUGAAACGACGAAUUUAAAUAUAACUUAAAAUCAAAAGCACACGCCGGCGCUGCUGUGUGCGGGAUCUGAAGCGUCUUGGACGCGCGGUACCUGAGCUGCAGAAACAGCGUGGAUCAGAGCUGACCGAGCAAAGAUCGACUGAAUCGGACUUUAUUUUGGUUGAAAGCAUGGAUACCAACAUUUCUUACGUCCAGUUGGUGGACGGCGAGUUGAGGAGACACAAAUACAAGAGAAAAGAAAAGCUGUUCUCCAACUGUGUGAUUCCCGUGGCGAUCGGAACCGGACUGCUGGUGGCUGCCAUGAUUUUCUACCUCUUCCUGGGGUCAAACGUCUUCUCCACCUCGUCUCCAUCGUCCUCCUCCUCCUCCUCCUCCUCCUCCUCCUCCUCCUCCUCCUCCUCCUCCUCCUCCUCCUCCUCCUCCUCCUCCUCCGCCCCCAGUGCCAGACUCCCCCUGCCCCAGCAGACGUCCUGUGAGGACCCCUGCAAGAUCGUCCUGGUGGAGAGCAUCCCCGUGGGUCUGGACUUCAACUCCAGCACCUCCCACCUCUCCAUCUUCCAGGCGUGGAUCAACCUGAUGGCGGAGGCUCGCAGCAGUCUGGACAUCGCCUCCUUCUACUGGACGCUCACCAACACCGACACGGGCACCCAGGAGCCCACCGCCGACCAGGGUGAAACCGUCCUGAAGCGGCUGUCGGAGCUGUCGGGGAGGCUGGCGGUUCGUAUCGCCGUCAACACGCCGCAGGGGAGUCAGCCGCAGGACGACCUCCGGCUGCUCAACGACUCAGGAGCCAACAUCCGGACGGUCAACAUGAGGAAGCUCACCACCGGCGUCCUCCACACCAAGUUCUGGGUCGUAGACAAGAAGCACAUCUACAUCGGCAGCGCCAACAUGGACUGGAGGUCCCUCACACAGGUCAAGGAGCUGGGCGCCGUCGUCUACAACUGCAGCUGUCUGGCUGCAGACCUGAGCAAGAUCUUCGAGGCGUACUGGUUCCUGGGAGAGAGCCAGUCCAUCCCGUCGCCGUGGCCGAGCGGCUUCGCCACCCAGUUCAACAAGGACACGCCGCUCCAGCUGCCCCUCAACAGCACGCCGUCCAGCGUCUAUCUGUCGAGCUCCCCUCCGUCCUUCUGUGCGGCCGGCAGGACUCCGGACAUUCAGUCCAUCCUGAGCGUGAUGGAGGACGCCCAGAGCUUCAUCUACAUCGCCGUCAUGAACUACCUGCCCACCAUGGAGUUCUCUCAUCCCAAGAGGUACUGGGCGGACAUCGACACGCAGCUGAGGCGCCUGGCGUACGAGAAGCGGAUCAGCGUGCGUCUGCUGAUCAGCUGCUGGGCCAGCACGCAGCCCGUCAUGCUCCCCUUCCUCAAGUCCCUGGCCUCCGUCCAGGACCCCAAGAGCCGGCUGGACAUCCAAGUGCGGCUGUUCGUGGUUCCAGCGAGUCCUGAGCAGAAGCAGAUCCCCUACGCCAGGGUCAACCACAACAAGUACAUGGUGACCGACAGGGUCGCUUACAUCGGCACGUCGAACUGGUCCGGGGACUACUUUGUGCACACGGCCGGCUCGGCGCUGGUGGUCAACCAGACGGCGUCCCCGCCGUCCCCGGAGCCGUCCGUCCAGUCCCAGCUGAGGGACGUCUUCGAGAGGGACUGGAGCUCCGCCUACAGCACCCCCGUCACCCAGCACUCCUCCCUGCGGGACUUCUGCUAGCGGGGCUGAUGGGAAACCUCGGUGCUCAGAGCUCCAGCCACACAGUGAGCCAGAACCGGGCCUCUGUCACCGGGAGACAAACCAAACGUUGAGGCGGUGCGUUGAGUGAAGCAGAGAUCUGUUUCUGUGCUCGUCUUCAGCGUCACAACGAGCCAAUCCAACUGCAGACGCUUCUUUUUUAACAGUCAGUCAAAGGUUUCACAGCAUCAGCUGAUGUUCUUUUAACACAAAUCAUCAAUUUUAGGAUCUCGUAUGUCAGAUCAAAGGAAAUCGAAGGCCAGCGUUCAGUUUUCAGGGAUCUGUACACUGAGUGUUUAUUUUCUUACAGCUGUUUACUUUUCCUCUCAACCUCUCGUCCUUCCUCCUCUGGACACUCCUCAAACCGGCUCGUUCCUCGUUGUAACAGAGUCACGGUGGAAGAAUCAAAGCUGCCACUAACCGGCUGCAUUUCAGGAUGUCUUCCUUUCUCUCUCAGCUUCCAAACAGAAUCUUUACGUCUGCUUCAGUGCAGAUUUUGAGUGAUAUUUUUAACAAACCUCACACGCGUCCAUUUGACUCCCGGCUCGGUAUCGUCGUGUCGCUGCAGCUCAUGUUUCGCCGUCUGUGUUCAGAUUUUGGAUUUGUCCGUGAAAAGCUUGAGGAAGCGACGUCCUUCCUCACUGGGAGGUUCGAUCCCAGCUCAUCUCAGGGCGUAAAGGCCGAGCCGCUUCUCAAACCACCACUUUAAACCAGCGUGCCGAUUUCAGAAAGAGUUAUCGAGACUGUGUGCCGUGCCUGGACUCUAAAUGACUUUAGUUUGAGUUUCUUUUUUUAACAGACUUUGAGAAAAGCAUGAGAGACUUUAGAUGUGAAGAAAGAUGUAAUUUCCACUGUGUGGAGUGAUUUGAACUGAUUAAAAUCUCAGAUUGUUCAUUUUAAACCUUUGUCCUUGGAAAAAAUGUAUUUUAAAUAAAGGUUUUCCAAUCAGA